AUGUCACAUCUGUCAGAAAUAUCUGAGCAGAACAGCUCUGCCAACAUAAAGGACCUCAAAUCCCAUGAUAUUGACAUUGAGCUGUACCAGCGGCAGCAGGAGCUGGAGGAAAUUGACGAUGAGCUGCACUCGCGCUGGCAGAUGAUCAAGUCGUUCCUUGUCUGCGGCGCGGCCUUUUUUGCCGACGCCUACCUCAUGUUCUCAGCAAACAUCCUGGUCAUGAUCAUGGGCUACGUAUACUUCCACGACGCCGAGGGCUCGGCCAAAAACGUGGUCCCCAACAACUGGUCGACGCUCGUCAAGGUCGGCGUCCAGGUCGGUUGCCUCCUUGGCCAGCUGAUUCUGGGCCGCCUUGGUGACAAGUUUGGUCGCACCAGCGUGUUUUCGAUGGGCGCCAUCCUGGUUAUCAUCUCCACCGUCGGCGCGUCCUUCUCGUCCAGCGCGGUCCGCGGCGCUAACGCUUUCGUAUUCCUGUUCAUCUGGCUUGUGUUUGUCGGCAUUGGUGUCGGUGGCGAUUACCCGCUGGCCGCAACCAUUACCAGCGAAUAUGCUGAGGUCUCUUCCCGCGGCAAGUACCUGGCCGCUGUGUUCGCCUGCCAGGGGUUCGGUAACCUGGGCGCCUCGAUCGUCGCUAUUAUUGUCCUGGCAUGCUUCAAGGGCGCUAUCCGUGAUGACGUCUACGCGCUGGACUACGUCUGGCGCAUCUGCCUCGGCUUUGGUGCCAUCCCCGGCGCUGUCACCCUCUACUGGCGCCUGACUAUGAGCGAAUCCAAGCAAUUCCAGGCAGAGGCCGAGAAGCGCGAGGCCCAGACUGAAGCCAUCAAGGCUGAGGACGAGCUGCUGCUGGCCAAGAAGGCUGCACAGGAGUCUGACAUGACGCCGGCUGCCGGCUCUUCAACCUUGUCGAUGCAGAAGGAGGCUAUCAAGGACUUUAGCCAGUUCAACGAGCAUAUGGAUGAGCUUGUCGAGAAGGCGCAGAAGAAGGGCAGCAAGCGUGCCGAGACCUUCGGCGAGUACUUUGGGCAGUGGAAGAACAUGAAGGUUCUGCUGGGCACCUCGAUUGCCUGGUUUGUGCUCGAUGUGGCGUUCUAUGGAAUCAACCUGAACUCAUCCGUCGUCAUCAGCGCUAUUGGCUUCUCCGGCGACGUGCAGAACGGCGAUCCGUACAGCGUCCUGUCGCGCAACUGCCUUGGCAACAUCAUCAUCAACCUGCUUGGCUCUGUGCCCGGCUACUGGAUCACCGUGUUCACCAUUGAGCGGCUUGGUCGCAAGAGGAUCCAGCUCAUCGGCUUCGCUGCCCUCACCGUGUUGUACGUUGUAAUCGGCUUUGCCUACCACCAGAUCCUGGACGCCUCGAACGUCGGCUUCAUUGUGCUGUUCACGCUGGCCCAGCUGUUCCAGAACUUCGGCCCCAAUGUCACUUGCUUUGUGUGGCCUGGAGAGGUCUUCCCGACUCGCUUCCGCUCCACUGCCCAUGGUAUCUCCGCCGCUGCUGGUAAGCUUGGUGCUAUUGUCGCCCAGGCUGGCCUGAUGACUCUGAAGGACCGCGGUGGCCCGAACGCCUGGAUUCCUCACCUCAUCGAGAUCUUCGCCCUCUUCACUCUCAUCGGGUUCUUUGUGACCUUCUGGAUCCCGGAGACCAAGGGAAAGUCGUUGGAGGAGAUCACCGGCGAGGAGUAAGAUACACGCAUGUUCUAAUCUUUUACACUUUAUAUUACGCAUUUCGUAUUACAUAUUC